CCGUAACUCUCAAUCUCAUCCUCAUCGCAGCUAAAGAUAAGCCAAUUGGAGAUUGCGAUUCUUACAGCUUCCAACCCAGCUGGUCUUUUUUGACGCCAUACGCCAUCGCAUGCCAUCAUGGCAGCUAAAAUUAUUGUCCUAGGCAGCGUCAAUGGCAAGCUGGACUCUGUUUUCCAGAAGCUCGCGACGUUGCACCAAAAGCAGAACUUCUCUUUCGCCAUCAUUACAGGAAACCUCUUCAAUGCCGACCAAGAUGAUGAUACUAUCACGCGACUUCUUAAUGGCGAAAUCCAGAUUCCUCUCUCCACCUACUUUACCGUAGGCACGACUCCAUUACCUAACCGAGUCGUUGAGCGCGUUGAGAAAGGCGAAGAUGUAUGCGAAAAUCUACACUUCCUGGGCAAGCGAAGUAUCACUAAGACGUCGGACGGGAUUCGAAUCGUGGCAUUAGGCGGUGUUCUCGAUAAUACCAUUAUCGGCGGCCAAUCCAAAGAACAGCACCUUCCUUUGCAUACCGCCGAUGAUGCCAAAAUAUUACGUGGCGCGAAUGCUACUGAUAUACUCCUAACAACCUGCUGGCCAUCCAAUAUAUGGACUAAUUCUAGCAAGACUUUAACGCCUGAGGAAAAAUCCUCCGUCGCAAACACCGAUGAAAUUGCCGACCUGUGUGCUACUCUUAAACCGCGUUAUCAUUUCUCAAUGUCGCCCACCGACUUUUUCUACGAGCGUGAACCUUUCUUUCACCCACCAAGGAAUCCUGACUCCGACCAGAAGUUUGUUACGCGAUUCAUCUCGCUCGCACCCUUUGGUAAUGCAGCCAAGGCGAAAGCUAUGUAUGCCUUCAAUCUCGUCCCCGGAGAAUCACCUUCUACAAUCCCUCCCGGAAGUACCGCCUCCCCAUUUAUCGUCAGAACCAAUCAAAGAAAACGACCAGUUACCACUGAUGACCGGGCUAAUGGUCACGAUCAUCGUAGCGGUCGACGUGUCCGUCGUCGAAGAGACCGAUCGCCCCCUCCGGGCCCUGAUAGAUGCUUCUUCUGUCUAAGCAACACCGAUGUGGAUACCCAUAUGGUCUGUGCUAUAGGAGACGACUCUUACGUUACUACAGCCAAGGGUCCAUUACCCAGUCCUGAUACAUUUGCUUCGUCCGGACUCUCCUUCCCAGGACACCAACUUAUUAUCCCCCUUCCUCAUGAGCCCACCAUCCGUUCAAUGGGCGAGGAUGCUCGUAAGACUUACCUGGAAAUGGUGCGUUUCAAAGAAUCAAUGCAAGCUAUGGUGGCGGUGCAGUCCAAAUUCAAAUUAGGCGCGGUGACGUUCGAAAUCAGUCGACAGUCCGGUAUUCACAUCCAUUGGCAGUUUAUACCCAUCCCUUCCGAUCUCAUUCGCAAGGGUCUUGUUGAAGCAGGAUUCAAAGUAGAGGCUGAGAAUCGCCAAUUUCCACCAUUCCAGGAAGCAUCUCUGGAAUCUGGCAUUGACGAGACCUCUGACUUUUUCCGUCUCUGGAUCUGGUCCGAUGAUAGCGACACCGGCAUCCAAAGCAAGGAACUAGUUAUGCGCUUUGAUAGCAACAUCCGCUUCGAUCUCCAGUUUGGUCGUCGGGUUGUGGCGAAGCUCCUUGGACUUGAGCACCGACUUUAUUGGCAAGAUGUUGUUCAAUCCAUCUCCGAAGAGACGCAAGAUGUCGAGAAGUUCAAAGAAGCAUUUAAGCCUUGGGAUUUCACCCUAGCGUAAUUCAUACCUAGGUCCCUAGGUGUAAGCAUUUCGAAAUCGGCGUUGGUGGUUUGCAAAAGUUUUAUACCCUGCUUUGAAAUUUGGCUGUACUCGCUAUGGUUUCCAGGUGAACAUCUCAUUACUGCAAGUUAUAUCAUUUAUUAGAGCAUUAGCACUACUCAUACCUUAUAUCGAUGAUUUAUAGCAUAUACCUCGACGAUAUACCUCUAGCUCAGUGCGUAUGACCAAAGCCACUCUUUUAGCUACCUACCCAGGUACCAUGACGCCUACUUACGAGUUUACACAGUAUCGCGGAGAAUUUACGACUUUACGGAGAUUUAUAUAAUAGAUAGUGUAUAAUAUACUCCGUCUUCAAUUAG